UGGCCGUGUCUCAGAUCCGACAGGUCUGUCCGCAUCGUCGGUGCUGUUGCAUCUGCCGCCAUCAUGCUUAUUCUUGUUUCCACAUCUUUUGUUUUUUUUUUGUUUUUUUGCACCUUCCCUUUCUUUUUCUCAGCGUCCCGGCGUUUUAAUAUACCCAUCAUCGUUGUUCUCUUAUAUCGCCCCCGGUUUGGGCUGAUGGAUCACAACCUCCGCCGAGCUGGACUUGGGGACCGGCCAUCCUCCCCGACUGCUCUUCCGACCCGCCCACGGCCUAUUGGCUGCUGAGACUGAGCAACCCAAGGUCGUGAGAAAGAGCCUGGAGCUUCGUGGUCUAGGGGCCAGAGACAGAGGAGGGGAGGGAAAAUGCGCGGUUACAAGGAGGAACUGGCGCACAGCGGCGACCGACAGACCCUAUCACCAUCAUCAGAUCCAACUGCUCUUGACAGCCCGAUCAAGGGCGAUCUCGAGUUCCAGGGACAGAGGGAACAUGGGGGUCGGACUCUGCCCACCAUCACGUUGGUGGCGCUGGCCGGGCUGUUUCUGUCGUCCGCCACCGGCAUCAUCUUCUUCGCCCUGGGUGGCCUGCAGUCCAUCAUCGCGCGCAGCAAUGAGCUGCCCAGCCGUGUCGUCGUCCUAGUAGCGUGCGCCAUGGGUGCUCUGUACAGCCUCAUCCACCUCUGGGCGGCCAGGACAGCCUACAGGAAGAAGGAACACGGCUCUCCCCAGAUGUACGGCAACUACGUGCAUGCUGCCGGCCUGCUGUUGAUACGCCUAAGCUUCCCAAUCUGGAUCACGGCCAUUGUCACAAGCGCGCUCGCCGCGGCGAGGAUCGGCCUCGAUGUCUCGGGGCCGUUCAGGGUCGAGUCUAGCCAGACCGUCUUCGUCAACUUGCUUGUUUCCACGACUGGCCUUAUUUCCAACUUUGGCAUACUUUGCUGCGUCGAAUGGUCCAUGACGCCCUUUGCCACAGCGCUCAUCUCAAAAAACGAAUUCCUGGAAUACAGGGGACGGAGUCCGAGCCCCGCCGUCCCGCCACCGCCCCACCCCUGGUCCCCCGUCGAGCCGCCCGUGGAUCGCUAUCGCUCGCUGAACCCCGGGGACCGGGCCACCGGCGCAUGGCCCGCCCAGGGCCUCGCCGCAUCCCAAGCAGCGCCUGCCUCGUUGGCGCUUCCUACCUUAACCGUUCCGCCAGGAACAGCCAUCAGCGAGACGGUCGCCGUCGCCAUUCCCCCGAUCCCCGCCAUCCGCGAUCAGCGCUCGCCAGUCCACAUGGCCUGGCGCCCGCCAUCGCAUCACGGGAAGCGCUCCGCGGACGAGAGGGCACGAAACCACACCCGCGCUGCAUCAGCCGUUUCAACGGCCCAACCAAGCGACGCUCCGCUAGGCGAGCGCGAGCCGAAGUUGCCUGACGUGUUCGUCAUGUCUCACCAAGACUGGAGGUCCAUCAUGACCUCCCACUCGACACCGGCCACGCCAACGGCGGGCCCGAGUACAGCCCGGGCGUCUCGGCCCUCGACCUCGGCGGCUAGUCGGCCAUCCCUGCCAAGCCGGCCAUCGGAGAGCCGUCGGCCCUCGACGUCAGCCGGCCCUCAACGUGCCCCGGCACUGGCGGCCCCGGCAGAGGUGUUUCCGGAAAGGAGUCGGCGCAAGUCGAUGGCGAGCUCGCCGCCGCCGCCAGUCGGGUUUGGUUUCCGCGGCGGAGCCACGCAAAAAUCCGCGUCGGCAGCAACACAGAGCGCGCCUAGCCCCAAGGCGCCUAGCCCGAGGGCUAUGUCGCUUCGGUCGCACCCUCCGUUUGGUGCGCCGCUCAUCCUGCCUGAGCUGCCCAAUAUGGCACCUCCCCCCGUCCCUCCCGUUCUCAGCCGGCCGGCGGGUGGCCUCCCGGCCGAGAGACCGCGGACGGCACCUGGAAACGCGUCUGCGUCGGCCGGCGGGUGGAGCGUGAAGAGGAAGCCGGUGAGCGACCAGGUAAUGGCCGCCGACGAGACGGCGAGCCUGGAUACCUACUCGACGGAUGAGGACGACGGCAGCGACGAGGAAGAGGAAGAUGACGACGCGCUCUACCCGGCCGAGGAGACGCGUAGCGUUAUGUCGAGGACCGCGAGGAGAGUCCGCAGGGCCAGGGCUAAAGAGGAGGCGCUGAAGCGCGCGCAGUCGGUCAACAAGAACUUCUCGCGGCCGCUGCAACGGUCCAAGUCGAUGGCCAGCAUACGGCGAGCUUCUAAUAUCCAACAGCAAAGGAACAACAAGACCAUAAUUGCUACUACCGGUAUCUAA